UUGACUUAAAUAGAUAUUAGAAUCCCCAAGAUUAACAAGCGUUGCAUUCGUUGUUAGAUUCAAAGCGUCCUCCAAAGGUGUUUUCUUCGUUAUUUCUGAACAUUCAUCAAAAUCAUGGGUCUCUUGGUUCUUGGAACACCGUUAGAUUGGCCCGAAUCCGAAAAAUUUCAUGACUAUGUCCGCGAGAAUGGCAUUAAACAAUUCUUACACAUGUAUGAUAGUUUUAUCUCCAAAAAGCAAGAUAUUUUGUUAUGGGGAGACGAAAUAGAGUAUAUAGUCGUUUCCAUGAAUAACGACCAAAAAGCAGCACGUGUCAGUCUUAGACAAGAACAGAUCCUAAAAGCUCUUGGAGAUUAUGAAGAGCGCUUCAAGCAUGUUGAUUUUUCGCCUAUUUACGCCGCUCUAAAGAACACGAAUUGUUCCAAGCAGACCGAUGCCAUUUUAAACGAAGCUGCUGCCAAUCCUGCGAAAUUUGUUGAGCGGUUAGUCAAGGAAAACCCUUCCUUUGCUUCAAAUAAUGAAGAUAUCCCUUUCAGAGCUCAAUUCACUGUCCCGACAUUCCAUCCAGAGUAUGGAAGAUAUAUGCUUGAAAGCACUCCGGGCGCUCCUUAUGGAUCUCUUUUGAAGGAUUUUUUAUACGUAGAACACAAUAUGCUGUUAAGAAGGAAAAUAAUUGAAAAUCAUUUGCUUUCUCAUGAGCAUCCCCUUACGAUUACAAACUUCUUCCGUUUAGGCACAACGCAUUUCACAGAUCCCGAAACUAAAGCAAACGGUCAUAUUUCAAGGUCCUUCUUCUUACCAGACGAUAUAAUUAAUACGCAUGUACGCUUUCCCACUUUAACUGCAAACAUUCGUCAACGUCGUCAAAGGAAGGUUGCAAUGAAUGUUCCUAUUUUCUUUGAUAAGAACACACCCAAACCUUUUCGUGACCCCACCGUUCCCUGGGACAGAGAUUUAUAUCCAGAAGACAAAAAUGCAAAAGAAGGGGCUGCGUUGGAAGAUCAUAUAUAUAUGGACAGCAUGGGUUUCGGUAUGGGUUGCUGUUGCUUACAACUUACAUUCCAAGCAAAAAGUUGCGAUGAAGCUCGGUUGUUGUAUGAUCAGCUCACUCCAAUAACACCUUUAAUGCUUGCUAUAUCGGCCGGUACACCUGCUUUUCGAGGAUAUUUGGCUGAACAGGAUUGUCGAUGGAAUGUUAUUGCAGGUGCAGUCGAUGACCGUACAAAGUCCGAAAUGGAAACUGUUCCAAAAUCUAGAUACGACUCUGUUGAUUUAUACAUUUCAAACGAUCCUCGUAAUCUUCCAGAGUAUAACGAUGUUCCGGUAGUCACAAAUGAGGGUUGCUAUGAGCAAUUAAUUAAAGGAGGAAUUGACGAAAGAUUAUCAAGGCAUAUGGCUCAUAUUUUCGCGCGCGAUCCUUUGGUCAUCUUCAGUGACAACAUUCAGCAAGACAACAGUACUUCUAAUGGUCACUUUGAAAAUUUAAACUCUACUAAUUGGCAAUCCAUGCGCUUUAAGCCUCCUCCACUCAAUAGCUCAAUUGGUUGGCGUGUUGAAUUCCGAUCAAUGGAAAUCCAAUUCACUGAAUUUGAAAAUGCCGCUUAUUCUGUUUUUGUUGUCAUGCUUUCCAGAGCUAUUCUCUCUUUUAAUUUGGAUUUUUAUAUGCCUAUUUCUUUGGUUGAUAAAAACAUGGUGAACGCCCAGGCUCGCGAUGCAAUUCAUCGGAAAAAGUUUUGGUUCAGGUGCAAUCCUUUCUCUGAUACUGAAGCGCCUCCGGAACGUGGUCAGUUUAAACAAUUAACUUUGGAUCAAAUAUUUAAUGGAGAACAGACUGAAGACGGAUUCCCCGGAUUGGUACAAAUAGUGCGCAGUUAUCUAUACACCUGUAACCCCGAUGCUGAAACGUUAUGUUCAUUAGACCGUUAUCUUCGUUUGGUCUCAAAACGUGCAAGUGGAGAAUGUUUAACUGAGGCAUCUUGGAUACGCAAUUUCAUAACUACCCAUCCUCUUUACAAGCAAGACAGUGUGGUUUCGCCAGAGAUCAACUUUGAUUUGAUAAAGCGGAUAACGAGUAUCAUUAAUGGUGAAAGUGAUGAAAGUCUCUUCGGUGAUUGUCGCUGUUAAUAUUGGUUUUCAUUCAUUGAGAAGUUGUCAUUUCCGUUAAUCAUAUUUACAGACAACGAGGUUCUUAGCAUAAAAACUACUGUAUUCUUUAGAUAAGACUAAUCCUUGACAUUUUCUAAAAUUUUGUUUUUCAUUCAAAAAUCUUUUUGUUACUACUUAUAUUAAUAUACGGAUUUUUCGUAAAAAGCCUAUUCAACUUGUUUACCAGUUCAAGGCUUCCGACUGUAGAUGUGCCUCACCCUUCCUCUCGAUAAUUUGUGUAUAGCACUCACGCAAAUACUUUACAAACGCGCCUUCCUAAUUUCUACA